UCAAACCGGGUCGAGCCGUUUACGGUGUAAGUGUAGUGCCGCCACAGGGCACAGACCUCACGUGCACAUAUAGGAUCGUGUCCGUACUUCUCUUUCUAUUUCUGAAUCCGGAACAAGUGCAGCAGGGCUAUUCUGUAAUCCCACGCGUAACUCACAAUUUAAGAAAUUAAAACAGUAAAAUUGUGAGGAUUUCAAGUAACGCAAACAAACCUUAUAUUCUUAAUUUAGAGAUUUGUUCUGUCAGCGAGUUGGCAACAUUGUACAUGACAUAUGUUAAACGGAGUAUUGUAGAGUACGAAGCUUUCUUGUCCAUCAAAUCAAAUAUAUGCCAAAUGAUUCAAAUGACCAGGCUGGAAAUCAACGUCAAGCGACUUCUAACACGCUGCGAAUUAAUAGCGAAGGAUGAUCCACACAAAGACUGGAAGCUCGAAAAAUAUAUACUUUCUCUAGAUGACAUGAUGAACAAACUGCAGACUUCACCGAAUAAACCAUCCAAGGACACCAUGAUGGGCUACAUGAAGCGGAUAAAUUUUCUAAAAGGAGUCAUAAACGCAAUGAAGUUGUCAAAUCCAGUGGAGAGAGUAGUUGCCGCACAAUUGUUAUCGAAAAAUUCAGUGUCCACUAACAAUUCCGCCAGUACAAAUAUUACAACGCAAAUACAUCAGAAGACUGUUGCUAAAUACAAUCGGGAAUUACGGGCAGAAUUAUUUCAUAGCAACAGAGAAGCAAAUAAGGAUGGUGUACGACAGAGAUUAUCGAGCUCUAAUAUCAAGGAUGAAGAUCUGGAUGCUAUUUUGAAGUAUAAUCGUAAUAUUCAGGAGAAGAUUGCUGAGAAUAUGCUCUCCAUGACCGGCACCAUGAAGGAACAUGCAUUAGCGGCUAGUGCUAUCAUAAAAAAGGAUAUCGGCACGCUGGAAAUGUCUGACAAAUUGACUGAUGUAAAUGCUAUUAAUUUAAAGAAGGAAUCCCUGAAGUUAGAAGAGCAUACGAACUCAAAAUGGAGGUGCUGGGUAUGGCUUAUGAUAGCUUUCGUUCUGGUUGUAUUUUUUAACAUGGUGUUAUUUAUGAAAGUGACAAGAAAAAAGAUUUAGGUAAUUUUCUAUAUUGAAGUGUUAGCAAUCGCGACUGAAAUGGAUGGCUACGUGUUACAAUGCAUCUGACUAUGUGAGUCAUUGGACUGAUAUUAUGAUGAUAGAAUUGUAUAGCCAUAAGUGUGCUAGUAAAAACACCUGUGCCACCUAAAACCACUUGAAAAUCUGGUAAAUAUAUUACAAAAUAGCGAUACAUCAAUUUACAACUCCAUCCAACAUUAUUAUAUAUAAUUUAUCUUGUU